GCCAGCAAAGCGAACGGGCAGUUCGAUGUGCGCAUCUAUCAGAAAUAAAAAUCAUCAUCAGAGAAUAACAAUGUUACAUUCUGGCUAUAACGUAAUUAUAGCUUUAAUCUGGUUUAGUAACUGUUGUUGGGCCUAUUUCAACUUGGAAGUCGGUGAUCCUUGCGCCACGUCAUAUCGCAGCAGCUGCCAGCCGGAGAAUGAAUGUCGGUCAUUAUCGAAAUUUAUUGAAAGUGGCCAAUUGACAGCCGCAACGGUUUUAAGUUGUGGUUUUACAGUACGCGUUGAAAAGAUAUGUUGCCCCUUGGACGAGGUUGGCGACAUCGAAGUACGUGCCCCAUAUCCAACAACAACGACAACUACCACCACCACCACCAGCACAACUCCAAAAAGCACCACCACCACAACUACAAAAAUCACUACCACAGAAGCUCCUUUCUGGUUAAAUAUUUUCAAUACCAAUCGCGAAUAUGUUCAACGUUCGGUUCCAGCGACUAGACCUCCUAGUCACCCGAGCUUGAUAGUAGGAGGAGUGAAUGGUGACUGUUCGGCACCUUUGUAUGAAGGCAAAUGCUUGGCCAUAUCCAAAUGCCCCAGUGUUGAGCCACUGAUCUCUCAGGGUAGACUGCGCGAUGAUGAUUUUACGACUUGCAAUGGCGGCACCACCGAGGAGAUUAUCUGUUGCCCCACCAAUUUGCCCAUACAGGCACGUGGACCGAUUGCCGGCGAAAAGGUGACCAGUGUCAGUCGCCUAGAUAGUUCGAAAGAGACACCGAAUUCACCGGCAUCUUCGAAUGAUGUGGAUGAACUCGAUGCGGCGGCCAUUGCCAAGGCAGAUAAGCUAUUGCCCCAUUACAAUCAUUUGGCCGCUCUGGCAUAUCCCAAUGCGGCCUUCGAUGGCCAUGUGUACGAGUGCACCGCCUUGGCUCUGACUCCGGAUCUAUUGGUGAGUGCCGCCGGCUGUCAGAGGCCAAGUCAUGCGGUCUUUGGCGUUGCCGAUUUGAGGGAUGUGGAUGUCGAUGAGGACUAUCUGGUGGAUAUUGUGCGCUUGGCGCAUCAUCUAAAUGACCUGGCCCUGAUGCGUCUGCUGAAGCCAUUAGUUUUGGGCACAGAAACCUCAUCGAAUGUGACAUUGGCUCCCAUUUGCAGUCAAUUCGAGUUGACUCGCCUCCAGGCCAGUGGUCAACUAGUUGCCGUUGCCUGGGGCAAGGGAAAUAAUACUGAUUGCCCGCUCUAUGAAUUGCCCAUGCGACUCGUACCCACAUCAGAUUGCGCUGAUCUUACCAAUCUUGGGAAUGUUCAAGGCCUAUCGGCGACACAUCUUUGCGUUGAACCCAAGAACCAAAAUGAUUUGAAUAUGUUCUCAAGUGCCACGAAAUGUGCUCCAUGUCCGGCUGUUGUUGGCAGUAUUCUUCAUUUGAUUCGACCCAAUGGCAAUCGUUGUGUCCUUGGCCUAGCCACGCCCACUGGUGCUGAAUGCGAUGCAAGAGCCAUGUAUUUUACAAGUCUUUUGAAUCCGCCAUUUAUCAAUUUUGUGGAGCAACAACAACGACUGUGAAUUUGCCUACUUUAAGUUAAUUAUGUAGUUUAGUUCAAUUAGUUAGUCGUAAUCGCAUAAGUUUAGAUAAUAAUAACAUUAAUAAUAAUAAUAAUAAUCAUAUAU